AACCACGAUGCAGCACAUGGGACACUGAUAAAAAAAAAACAUUAAGCGCACGCCCUACCUGUUCCGCGGAUCAGGGGAAGGGAAGAGACGACUCCACCUCUGUAGGCGGAGCAAUGGAGUCCGGCGGCGACGGCGAGCUCCUGCGCCGACCCGGGCCGUCCGUCGGCUCCAAACCCGACGUCCGGGGCGGCUGGCGCGCCACGUUCUACCUCGUCGUGGUCGCGUUCUUGGAGCGCCUCGGGUUCUACGGCGUGCAGGGCAACCUGAUCAUGUACCUGACCGGCCCGCUCGGCAUGCCCACGGCGUCCGCAGCCGCCGGCGUGAACGCGUGGGCCGGGACCGUGCUGGUGCUGCCGCUUGUCGGCGCGCUCGCCGCCGACUCGCGGCUCGGCCGGUACCGCGCCGUCCUGGCCGCCGGCGUGCUGUAUCUGCUGAGCUUGGGAAUGCUGACGGCCUCAUCCGCGCUGCAAACAGCGCGGCCUCACUCCGGGAGCUCGGCGCCGUCGACGACGUCACCUGCCCACCUCACCUUCAUCUACGUCGCGCUCUACCUUCUAGCGCUGGCGCAGGGCUUCCACAGGCCGUGCGCGGAAGCCCUCGGCGCGGACCAAUUCGCUCUGAGCGACGACGGCGGCGACCCCAGCUCGCGCGCGUCCCGGAGCUCCUACUUCAACUGGUUCCACUUCUCCAUCUCCUGGGGCUACGCCAUAUCCACGACGGCGCUGAGCUACGUCGAGGACAACGCCGGCUGGACCGCCGGGUUCGGCGCGUGCUGGGCCACGAUGGCGUUCAGCCUUGCCGUCUUCUUGCUCGGCGCGCGGACGUAUCGUGCCGAGGAACCCGUCGGCGACGGUCGAUUCCUCGAGACCGUGCGGGCAUGGGCCGCGAGGGUGUUCCGGCGCAAGGAUGCCACUAGCACCGAACGGCUUCUGGAUCGACAACCCGAGAAGGGUAAAGGACUCGUCGUCAAGCUGCUCCCGAUAUGGUUGGGUGCCAUAGUCUACGCGGCCGUCACUUCGCAAGUGUACACUCUGUUUACCAAACAGGGCAGCACGCUGGACCGCCGCCUCGGCACGGGCCUUGUCGUGCCGCCCGCGGCGCUCCAGUGCCUGGUCAGCAUCACCUUCAUCGCCGUGCUCCCGGUGUACGACAGGGCCUUCGUGCCCCUGGCGAGGCGCGUCACCGGGCACCCCGCCGGCGUCACCACGCUCCAGCGCAUCGGCGCUGGCAUGUCCAUGUCCUGCGUCGCCAUGGUCGUCGCGGCGCUCGUCGAAGGCAGGCGGCUCCGCGUGGCCACGGACGCGGGCAUCGUGGACAGGCCGGACUUGGCCGUGCCGAUGAGCCUGUGUUGGGUGGUUCCUCAGUACGUUCUGAUGGGCCUGGCGAUGGCGUUGGCCGACGUCGGCCUGGAGGAGUUCUUCUACGACCAGCUGCCCGACGCCGUCCGCAGCGUCGGGCUCGCGCUGUGCCUGAGCGCCAUGGGCGCGGGGAGCUACGCCAGCGGCGUGCUCGUGUCGGCGGUCGACUGGGCGACCAGGGGCGGCGGGGAGAGCUGGAUCUCCGAUAACCUCAACCGGGCGCACCUCGACUACUUCUACUGGCUCCUGGCGGGGCUUGUCGCUCUGGACGUGGCUGUGUUCUUGUAUUUUUCAAAGCGAUUUGUGUACAGGAGCAAAGGUGAGCUGUGAUUAGUAGCACCUUUGUGAGCAGAAAUUAUCUGCUUUUGUGUAAGAUGUACAUCAAAAGUAAGCGCAUAAAGGAGAAAAGUGAAUGUCUGUGAUUUCAA